UGUCUCGAUGCCAGUGCCACGUUUCUGGGUUGGGACAGCGUUUGAACUGCCCGGCGUCGACCCUCUGGCUUUUUGGCACCGUGUUGGUCCUAUCGCGCCGGCUGUCGAGCUGAACGGACGCGCGCUUCAUUUGCUUUCUUUAUGGCGUUGUGGUGCGAAAGCUCGCGUUUUGUGUAGUCCCUCGUGAUGUUCGUGCUUGUUAAAGAAAUAUGAGGGGCUGUUGUGUCCCUCUGCGCGCUGGAUCGAGCGCGAAAGGGCAGCGGCUAUAGUGUUUCCCCCGUGACGUUGAACGAAGGAAGAAAUGGGCAGCGCAAGUAAAACGUGACAAUUGGGCACCGACGGACACGACGAAGAUAUGCGAGGGCUAGACUGGAAGGACCGUCAUGACACAUGCGACACGCGCGAUGUCCGGAUGCUCGCAGGCUGACGGUAUUUUUGAGAUGAGACAAGCGAUGGCGUUCAGUUGCUGGUCCUUCGUUCUCUUCGUGGCCGUCGCUGUCACCAGUGCCGGUCGGGAUAAUGGUCCAGCCCCCCUGCAGCCGGGACAAACGCAACGUGGACAAAACAUCACGCAGAUUCUGAAUGCCUUCUUUACACGUGGGUACGACAAGAGGGUGAGGCCAAAUUAUGGCGGCGUUCCAGUGGAAGUUGGCGUCACUAUGCAGAUUAUCAGCAUAAGUACAGUCUCUGAAGUACAAAUGGACUUUACUUCCGACUUCUAUUUCCGGCAAUCGUGGCGGGACGAGCGACUCUCGUUCCAGAAAAGCCCAGACCUCGAGAGCAUGACCGUGGGCGCUGAAGUGGCCGAGAAGAUCUGGGUACCCGACACCUUCUUCGCCAACGAGAAGAGCGCCUACUUUCAUGCGGCCACGACGCCCAACACUUUCCUCCGCAUCGGCUCCGGAGGAGAGGUUUUCCGCAGCAUUCGACUGACGGUGACUGCCAGCUGCCCAAUGGAUCUCAGAUACUUCCCGAUGGACAGACAAGCGUGCACUAUAGAGAUAGAAAGUUUUGGUUAUACCAUGAAAGACAUCCGCUACCGGUGGUCGGACGGUGACACUUCCGUCCGCAUCGCCAAGGAGGUAGAGUUGCCGCAGUUCAAGGUCCUCGGUCACGUCCAAAAAGCCAAAGAGGUUGCCCUAACGACAGGAAACUACUCCCGCCUGGUAUGUGAAAUACGGUUCGCCCGCUCCAUGGGCUACUACCUGAUCCAGAUCUACAUCCCGGCCGGAUUGAUCGUGGUUAUUUCCUGGGUCUCCUUUUGGCUCCACCGUAACGCUAGUCCAGCUCGCGUCGCGCUCGGCGUCACCACCGUGCUCACGAUGACCACACUCAUGUCCAGUACCAACGCAGCGCUGCCCAAAAUAUCCUACGUCAAGAGUAUCGACGUCUACCUGGGCACAUGUUUCGUAAUGGUGUUUACCGCGCUCCUGGAGUACGCCACGGUAGGAUAUCUCGGCAAGAGAAUCACCAUGAGGAAAACCCGCUGUCAGCAGCUGGCAAAACUUGCAGAGCAACACAGGCAGAGAUGCGCCGCAGCUUCUUCCAACGAGCCAAGCUCUGAGCCCUUGCUAGCCAGUCCUGAAGUAUCCAUUGUCAAGACGGUCGGUUCCUGUCAAGUUUGUCCUGCUGCGGUGGCAUCCCAAGGACAACCGAGGGAAGCACCACCAACCGGAUUUACCAUGGGUCGCAGAGGCGCAGACCAAUGUUGCCCUGGUCUCCAGGGUUCAUGUCAGGUCUGCCCCGCUGCGGUCGCCUCACAAACCCAACAACAGGCUCCUCCACCAGGGAUACCUAUGAACCACAAAGUGAGGGAGCCGUAUAGGACUAUGGUGGUUAUGCCGAGCAGAAACUGCCAUAUAACCGGGUGCCACGAAGUACGUCUCAAAAUGGUUGACCCCAAAGGAUUCAGCAAAUCCUCGACUCUGGAGAACACCGUCAACGGCGCGCCGGACAUCGAGGCAGCGUUUUGCAAGAACCCCAACAAAUUAUUUGGCGUCAGCCCUUCCGAUAUCGACAAGUACUCCCGAGUGGUGUUCCCCGUUUGCUUCGUCUGUUUCAACCUCAUGUACUGGAUCAUUUACCUGCACAUCAGCGACGUUCUGCCGGACGACGUCGGCGACGACUAGUGCGCGCCUCGCCCGCUGCACGGCGCUGCCGUCGGCGGUGAUCAUGCGCGUGCGCGCGCACGGUUCUCCUCAUCCGAGAGAGAAAAUAGGUCGCCGCUCGUCCUGCUCCUCC